AGCUGUGGCACCCAUGUGAUUAUGUCAUUUCCAUUUAAAAAGAUGGAAAUGCUAUCCACCUUCUUGCUUCGAGUUUCCUUAUAGCCAGUAGAAAAUUGUUCCAGUAUGGGAAAUUCUGAAGCUGAAAAUUUUUGUUGCACCUGACUUAUAUCAAGAUGAUCUACAAACUUGCCAAUGUUCCUAAACUCAAGGAUGGUUUGCCUUUUUUACAGAGAACGUCUUCAGAACAUGAUGCAAAUUUUACGUAGAAGAUGUAUUUACUCUCCUGAGUCUGCUAGAGUCAUAACGGACCAAGAUAUACAAAGGACAAAGAGUUCUAAUCUUAAGCCCCUUGUAAGAGGAAUUUGUCAUAACCUUGAGCAAGUUGUGCAAAUUUCAGAGGCAUGAAGACAGUAUCUGCAUUCAUCUUGAGGGUUAAUCUAUAACCUCGAUUGAUUGUACACAGUAUGCACCCUGUGUAAUUCAGUACCUGAUUUUUUUUGACGAGAUAUUUUUGGAACGUUCGCCUUAGAUGUGAUGCCUCAGUUUAAGUCAUCUUUUUGCCCUUGUGAUUUCCUAUCGUCAAUAAAAUAUUUUUGAUGAAAAGAUUCCAUAUUUUAUAGUCAUAGAAUAUUUCCAGAACCAAAGAUUUUUGCCAAGAACUAGACAAAUGAGUGUCUAUGAGCGUCAUAGACUAAUGGGAUAAUUAUUCUGUGGCUUGUCUAUGAAUAUCAUAGAGUAAUAGGAUUAUUGUUCUGUGGCUUGUAGAUGGUGUGAAUUCUGUGGUCGAAUUAGUGACCGAAAGUUAGGUUAGGAUUUGACAUUUUUGACCAAACAAUAAACAAACAUCGUUAAAUAAUGGACAGUAAUUACUGUAAUAGGACUAGUAUAAACAAAGAAAUGAAUGAUUCAGUCGAUCAGUAUGUUACUCAUUUCAAAGCUCAAUUGAUGAUUAUCAAUAGAAUUAUUUUAGUGCACAGUACUUGAAAAAUGAGCCUACCUACGUGGAGAAGACAGAAUAUGAAGACAUCAACCAACAACUCAACGACGAGGAAGAAUUUCAGAGUAACACCGAAUAUCAGGUUAAAGAAGAAGACUGUGACUCAAGUUCAUCAUCCGAAGAAUUAGAUACAAAUUCACCAGCUACUAUAACGGAAGGAAUCCAUAAUAAAUUCGAACCAAUUGAAAAUCAAUCUGCCGAAUCUGUUCAUUUGGAACAAUUUCAAUGUAAAUUUUGCAAUAACACUUUCAAACGAAAACACAAUCUCAAUCGGCACAUAAAUACUGUACAUAUGAAAUUGAAAAAGUUCAAAUGCAACUUGUGCAAUUAUGCGGUAAAUAAUAAAGCUCGCCUUAAAUAUCAUAUAGAUUCCAUUCAUCUGGAUCAGAAAAGGCACAAAUGCGACUUAUGCGAGUAUUCAACAAAUCAUAAAAGUAGUUUCAAGAAACAUACAGACUCUCAUCUGCAUCCUGAAAAGAAUAAAUGUCCGUUUUGUGAACAUGUUGCCAAGAAUUUAAAGGGCCUGCUCAAUCAUAUGGAUUCUGAUCAUGUGAACAUGGACAAAUGUCCGGACUGCGAUUACACCGCAAAAUUGAAGAGCGAUCUGAAGAAACACAUAGAUUUGAUCCACUUGAAUUUGAAGCAAUUCAAGUGUGAUUUUUGCAACCACACUUCAAGGUUCAAGUACAAGCUUCAAUUACACAUCAAUUCGGUUCACCUGAACAAGAGAAAGCACAAGUGCGAAUUAUGCGAUUAUGCCACAAACGCCAGAGCCGAUUUUCAAUCUCACAUAGACGAUGUUCAUCUGAACGUGAAGAGGUACAAAUGUAACUUGUGCGAAUUCGCCACCCACAGGAAACCAGGUCUCAAGGUGCAUAUAGAUACCGUUCACUUGAACCAAAAGAACCACAUAUGUCAAUGGUGCGAUUAUGCAGCGACUGUGAAGAAGAAUCUCGAGAGACAUGUCGAAUCCGUUCAUCUGAACUUGAAAAAGAACAAAUGUCAUUUAUGCGACUACACCUCGGCCAGUAAGAGUCAUCUGGGCCAUCACAUAAAUUCCGUACAUUUAAAAUUGAAACCUCAACUCCACGAAUGUCACCUCUGCGACUACGCAGUUUAUAAACUGAGCGUCCUGAAGAAACACAUCAAAACUGUUCAUUUGAAACAGCACGAGUGUAACUUUUGCGACUUUGUCACCGACGAUAAAGACCUACUGAACGAUCACAAGGAUUCAGUUCAUUCGGACAAGAAGCAUUCUUGUCACUUGUGCGAUUACACCACCUUCAACAGAUUGCUCCUCAAGCAGCACGUUGACGGUCCCCAUUUGGGUCUGAAGCGACACAAGUGCGACCUGUGCGAUUUUGCCACGAGUAGUACCACAACUUUGAAACGUCAUACGAAAUCUGUCCACCUGCAAGACAUGCCAAAUCCAUCUGGUUCGUCCAAAGCUGGAGUGUAGCUUUUGAGAUUAGGUUAUGGUCAAGAGACCUACCCUCCAGCAACACUUGGAUUCCUUUCAUAUAAAGAUGAAGGAACGCAAAAGUGUAAAUUGUUUUGAGUACAGAACUACCUAAGAGGAUCUGCUCCUGCGGAUGCUGAUGAAGACGGAUGUUGAGAAGGCUGCUAUUUACAGAUACAAUAUAUGAAUACAUUGUGAAGA